UAGUUUGAAAGUUCAACACAUCAGGUGAGAUUAAAGUUCAUCCAAGACUAAACAAUACUUUUGACUAAUAAACAAGAGAGUUGACUGACUUGCAACUUUCUCUGCAAGAAAUGUGACGCUUUGCGAAAUCCCGCCUCUAUAAAGCUCAGGCCAAUGCUUCAAGAGAUUGAAAACUUUCGAUUUCAGAAUUCGCAGACUUCAAAAUGGGAGAUGUUAAGGUGAUCGGAGCCUCUCUGAGUCUUUUUUGCUGCAGAAUUGAAUGGGCGCUGAAGCACAAGGGGAUAGCGUACGAGUACAUUGAAGAAGAUUUGAGAAACAAGAGUCACCUGCUCCUUCGGUAUAAUCCUGUCCAUAAGAAAGUCCCCGUUCUUGUGCACGGCGAAAAACCAGUUGCAGAGUCCCUUGUCAUCCUUGAGUACAUAGAUGAAACAUGGAGAGAGAACCCACUGUUGCCAGAAGAUCCAUUCGAAAAAGCAAAGGCGCGAUUUUGGGCAAAGUAUGUUGACGAGAAGUGUGUGAUCAGUGCAUGGACUGCUAGCCGUACAAAGGGGCAUGAACAAGAGAAAUCCUUGGAGGCAGCACGAGAAUCACUCGAAGUUCUGAACAAGCUCAUCGAAGGCAAGAAAUUCUUCGGAGGAGAAAUCAUUGGUUUCCUGGACUUAGUGGUGGGUACUUUACCUAACUGGCUCAAGUUCUUAGAAGAAUCUGAAGGCAUAAAGCUGUUUGACACGAAGGAGUUGCCAUUUCUUCAUGAAUGGGCACAGAGAUUCACUGAAAUUCCAAUAAUCAAAGGGAGUAUUCCGACGGCAGAAGAUCUAAUCAAUUACAACCGGGAUCGCCAGAAAGCCGAAUGAUGCCAAAGAAGAAACACCUAAAAUAAAAUGGUCCCAGAUUCGGCUUAAAAUAAUGUAAACGAAGCAUCACAUAGCCUUGAUAUUUCCCGAUAUAGGUAUGUGUAUGUAUAAUAUGAUCCGUAAAACUGAAUCCAACAUCUGUAUUUGACUGAAA